AUGGCAACACGUUCACAUAGCCGUUUUACUGACGAUAUAUACUGCACACCGGUAUCAACUUCUUCUAAGAUACACGUGAAAACUAUUAAUGUACUUCGUGAUGAAAUGUUUGUGUCAAAUCUUUAUCAUGAAUAUCACGAUGGAAAACAGUAUUUACCAUCACCCAAUAAAUCAAUAUUAAUAACACGAUGGAAACCAUUUAUAUCAAUUAUAGAAGCCAACGAUCGACCAUCGACUAUAAUUGAAUUUUCAGCGGACGUGUUUAGUCAUUUGUUAGCUCAAGACGAAUUACAAGUAUUAGAAUGUGUUGAAUUAGCUGCUGUAAGACAAUAUUUUACUCAAGCAAUUAAUACAGUUGUCCUAAUUAGUCAUACUAAAAGAGUUAUCAAUCUCGAUACAAAAGAAAUUUACGGUAAUGCAUUUGCUCAUGCAACGUUAGAGCAACUUCGAAGUGCAUUUCAGUCGAACUAUCCGUCUCAAGUAGUUAAUUUAAUUGCAAUUGAAGCCCCCAGUCAUGGUGAAGGCUGUUAUACAGAUGAUCAAAUUAGUUACAUAGUCGCCAAUUGCUAUGCGAGUUUUAAAGCAGCACAAAUACUGGCUCCUAAAACUCAUGCAAUGAAUCUACAUACUUCACGAUCGAGCGACCGAAAUUUAAGUUACAAGGAUGCAAAUCAUUUUCAUACAAUUAUCCAUACAGGAUGGUGGGGUUGUGGUGCAUACGGCAACAAUCGACAAAUGAUGAUUAUCACGCAAAUGCUUGCUGCACAUUGGGCUCAAAUAAACAAGAUCAUUUUUCAUACACAAAAUAAUGAACAUGCAAAUGAUAUAGCUAGAGCAAAAGAAAUUUUCGAAAAUCUGAAAUCUCAACAGCAAGCCAAAGCAGUCAUUGAUGCAAUACAUAAAAUAAUUUAG